AUUACUUUAAAGCAUGAAUAAUACUGUACAUUGCAGUAUGACAGAUGCUUUGAAAUCCCUCAAAUAUUACUGAAUAAUGUACAGUGAGUGUUAAUGUUAACACCUAUACCCAUUUGUCAAUCUGCCUGUUAAUCAUAAUGAUUCUAAUAAAACAAUGUAGCAUUUAUGCUGAUUUCACAAUUGCCUUUGGCAAGUUGCUGUACUAAUGAUUUAGCAAGUAUUUUAUUAUUUUUUAUUGUUUUUCUCUGUAGCAGAUCUGUGCCUAAAUGUUGGGGUACAUACAAUUGGUUUGAAAUUAUUGGCAGUUCCAUGUAUAUUAUUAUUCUGCUUAAAAAGCUUGAAAAAUUACAAAAUAAUGCAGUGUAGUGCUGUUGUUUUUAGUGGCCAUUUUCAUUGGUAAGCGUAACACUACAGUACUUAAUUUAUUAUUCUGAUAACUUUGCUAGGAUUUAGGUUUUACUAAACAAUUGUAUAUGUGUUGAAUUUGUUCUGUUUAAUGAUCACUCGCCACUGUGGAAGGACUAGUGUUGUCCGAAAGCUCUGGUUCUAUUUCUGGCAGUUUACUUUUUAACUGUUGCUUAUCAAAUUUGUAUCUUUACCGAGAUCCAGGCAUGUUCCAAAAAAUGGCUAUGAAUAAUAUAAAAUAUAUUUAUGUCGCCGUAAACAGAUGACUAGCCAAAAUUACAGAUUUACAUAAACCCUAAUGUGCAAAUGUCGUCGUUAAUGCUAUUUUAUACAAACAUUUUAGGUGACUGGAGUGUUAUGUGUAUUUGCUUUUGCCUUCAGUACUUGGGGUGAUGGUUGCAGCAGGGCACAUCAGACAAGCAGUAUUACAGUAGCAUUAGUAGUAGUGGGUGUGAAUUUGAGCAUAAGAUGAUAGUCUAAUGUGUUGAAGCAUUUAUUGCCUUAAAAAAAGGGAACACAAAGGCACCACAAACCCAAGGGUGUGUGUACAUAAUGUGCUAUUUGGUUUGGCAAACUAAACGUAAAUAUAUCCACUGCCUAAAAUAACAAGUCAGACUUGUACGAAACUCUUUCAAUUGAUUACCAACUAGUGUACCAGUCUAUGUGAAGUGUAUUGAAGCAGAGUUAUACAUCUGUUUAAAAAGAAUUCCUUGAGUCAGAUCACCAUUUAAUAUAGAAACAUAGUAAAUCAAUUUAAUGUUAUUUUUCAAGAUUUUUAAAUAAUGCUGGUAUUACAUGUAUAACACAGCUAAGGAGUAAAUCUUUUAAAUCUUAUUGUACACUUAGGUUUUUAUAAUUGGAAUUUAUAAUUAUUGAAAUAAAGUAGUGUUGGUACACUAUGUAUUUUCUUCUGUCAAAAUUAACUGCAUCAUGAUUAUAGCAAUACUAAAUCAGGAUUAUCUGUUCCUAGUAAGCGGGAAUCUUCAUUUUUGAUAUGUAUAGAAGGUCAAAGAUGAACAAUGUGAUGCUCUCGGGGUUUUCAAGCAACAUAAUACUCAACAUCACCAAACGAGGGGCACUGAUUUCUCACAAUGAUUAUAAUGCUAAUCUGGAUUAUGAAGAGUUUAAUUGGACUGAUUGCACUGAUGUGUGUUUGGCUACGGGCCAACGCAACCAAUGCAACUGAGGAUUCUUGUGGCUCAACCCAAGGCUGUUUCCGAGACCCUGAGGACUGCUUCCCUGCCUCUUCCUGCCAAUAUUUUGUUGCAUGGAAUCGUAAUAGUCUUUCAGAUUCCGUCAUUGACUUUGAGUUAAGCGUAGCGGUGACAUCUGGAGAUACGUAUGCUGCAGUUGGAUUUUCAGAGAAUAAUUUAAUGCCUGGUUCUGAUGUAUAUGUUUGCCGUUCAGACGGGACACUUCAGCGUUAUUAUACUGGCGGAUACAGUCAAAGCCAAGUCACUACAAGAGCUAAUAAAGGAUUAUAUAAUAUUGUUGUGGAUGCUGUGACAGAUGGCAUUCUUCAUUGUACCUUUUCAAGAAACGUGGAUUUGGACGAUGGGGAUGCUGAGUUUCUUAAUCUAAGUAUCCCGCUCUAUAUUAUUGGAGCCACAUCUACAAGAAAUGGAGACACAUUGAACUAUCAUAAUAACAACCGAUGGAUUACAAGCGCUACUGUGGAUUUGUUAGCUACUGGUCCUGUACCAGUGGAGGAUUUAAUUGUUGUCGCUGAUAUAAGCUCCUCUAGAAUACUCUACACAGAGAUUAAUCAUCAAGAAACGGUUAGUUUCACCUUCAAUCAGUUGACCAUUUCUCCACCACCUUUAAAACCUGUAGCUGUGGACUUUAAUUCAGACACCAAAUACUUUUAUUGGUCAGAUGUGUCUGGAAACAGUAUUUGUCGAACUCGGGGGAUAGAUUCUACAAAAGAAACAAUUGUAUCAUUUGACGGAAUGGAGGUUGAAGGACUUGCUAUUGAUAGGAUUGGUAAAAAGCUUUAUUGGACGGAUAUUGGUUGGGGAAGUAUUGAGAAGAGUAAUUUAAAUGGAACUGAAAUAGUUCCACUAAUUACUGAAGAUAUAUUUAGACCUAGAGCAAUAGUACUGGAUGUUACAAAAGGGCAUAUGUAUUGGACGGACUGGGGAACAAUACCAACAAUUGAAAGAGCAAAUAUGGAAGACGGAAUGAAUAGGACCACUUUGGUUAGUUCAGAUCUACGAUACCCAAAUGGCCUAGCACUGGAUCUUUCUGAAAACAGACUAUACUGGUGCAAUGCAAGAGAUCCGGGAGAUCCGGGAAGGAUAGAAUACUCAGAUUUGCUUGGAGGACAACGUACUACACUUUUGGAAGGCUCAGAUAAUUACAUUUUAUAUCCAUUUUCUAUUCGUGUUUUUAAAUCUUAUGUUUACUGGACUGACUGGAAUCAGAACCACACAUUGCGUGCAAAUAAACUCACUGGAAGCAACAUUACUGAAAUUGGUGAAACUUUGCAUGAACCCGCAGGAUUGUAUAUUCAUGAAUGUGAGUUGAUUGCUACAACUCAGCCUGACACAACAAGUGUGGAUUUAACAACUGAUGGUCCAACUACAAGCAUUGAUACAACUCAACCUGACACAACAAGUGCUGAUUUAACAACUGAUGGUCCAACUACAAGUAUUGCUACAACUCAGCCUGACACAACAAGUGUGGAUUUAACAACUGAUGGUCCAACUACAAGGAUUGCUACAACUCGGCCUGUCACAACAAGUGUGGAUUUAACAACUGAUGGUCCAACUACUACAGACAUUGCUACAACUCAGCCGGUCACAACAAGUGUGGAUUUAACAACUGAUGGUCCAACUACAAACAUUGCUACAACUCAGCCGGUCACAACAACCGUGAAUUUAACAACUGAUGGCCCAACUACAGUGAAGUAUAUACUUGUUGUCGCUGAUAUAAGCUCAUCUGGAAUACUCUACUCAGAGAUUAAUCAUCAAGAAACGGUUAACUUCACCUUCAAUCAGUUGACCAUUUCUCCGCCACCUGGAAGUCCUGUAGCUGUCGACUUCAAUUCAGACACCAAUUAUUUUUAUUGGUCAGAUGUGUCAGAACACAGUAUUUGUAGAACUCAGAGGAUAGCUUCUACUAAAGAAACAAUUGUAUCUAUUGAUGGAAUGGUGGUUGAAGGACUUGCCAUUGAUAGGAUUGGUGAAAAGCUUUAUUGGACUGAUUCUGGUUCUAAAAGUAUUGUGAGGACCAAUUUAAAUGGAACUGGAGAAGUUCAAUUAAUUACUCAAGAUAUAUUUAAACCUAGAGCAAUAGUGCUGGAUGUUACAAAAGGUCAUAUGUAUUGGACGGACUGGGAUGCACUAAAAAUUGAAAGAGCAAAUAUGGAAGAUGGAAAUAACAGGACUACUUUGGUUGAUUCAGGUCUACAGUUACCAAAUGGUCUAGCACUUGAUCUUCCUGUAAACAGACUAUACUGGUGUGAUGCAGGAGAUUUCGGUCGGAUAGAAUAUUCAGAUUUAUUUGGAGAACAACGUACUCUACUUUUAGCAGGCUCGAAUAAUUACGAUUUACAUCCAUUUGCUAUUCGUGUUUUUAAAUCUUAUGUUUAUUGGACUGACUGGGAUCAGGAUCAUAUAUUGCGUGCAAAUAAACUCACUGGAAGCAACAUUACUGAAAUUGGUGAAACUUUAAAUGAACCUGCAGGAUUGUAUAUUCAUGAAUACAUUGCCACAACGGAGUCCGACAAAACAAGUGUAUAUUUAACAACUGAUGAUCCCACUACGACAGACAUUGCUACAACUCAGCCUGACACAACAAGUGCUGAUUUAACAAAUGAUGGUCCAACUACAAGCAUUGCUACAACUCAGCCUGACACAACAAGUGUGGAUUUAACAACUGAUGGUCCAACUACAAGCAUUGCUACAACUCAGCCUGACACAACAAGUGCUGAUUUAACAACUGAUGAUCCAACUACAAGGAUUGCUACAACUCAGCCUGACACAACAAGUGUGGAUUUAACAACUGAUGAUCCAACUACAAGCAUUGCUACAACUCAGCCUGACACAACAAGUGCUGAUUUAACAACUGACGGUCCAACUACAAACAUUGCUACAACUCAGCCUGACACAACAAGUGCUGAUUUAACAACUGAUGGUCCAACUACAAGCACUGCUACAACUCAACCUGACACAACAAGUGUGGAUUUAACAACUGAUGGCCCAACUACAGCACAGUCUAGCACAAAAAGUGUAGAAUUAACAACUGAAAAUCCAACUACAAGCAUUGCUACAACUGAGUAUGGCUCUACAGGUGUUACUGUAUCUCAGUUUACAAGAACAGCACCAGUGUUUUCAGUCACACCAUUGUCAAUAAAGGCUGAACUUUAUGAUACAGUGAACCUUACUUGCAACGUGCUCUAUUCGAAUGACUGGCAGUGGUGUAAAGACAAUGUCUCAAUUUCAUAUACAAAGAACCAAUUCUUAAUAACAGUUACAAUAACAGUAGAAAAUCAAGGUUAUUACACUUGUUGCGGAUUCGGAGCAGAUAGUAGUGUUUAUUCAAACAGGGUUCCAUUAAUUGUGAAAGGUACUUCAAUUUUUUCUGUGUCUUUGACGUUUGACCGUCCCUUUGAGGUAAAUUUUAACGAUCCAUCUUCGACAGAGUUCAAACAGCUAUCUUCCAAUAUCUCAGAUUUUUUGAGCGAGCGUUUGUCAUUAAAUGAAGAUGUAAGGAUACACAUACUCAGCUUCUCCCCUGGUAGUAUAGUUGUUGAUGCCAAUUUCUACGUGUUAAAUACAAAUACGUCAUAUGAUGAAUUUUUGGAAAUUUUAAAACAGGAACUCAUCAGAAUCGGAAAUAAUUCUAAUGGAUAUCUGAUCUCAGAUAGCCUCGUUAUCAGCAGCACAGAAAUGUGUUAUAGAACAGUUUACGAUAACCUCACAUUUCCUGAUGCAAACGUUGGAGAGACUGUAAAUUCCGAAGACUUGUGUGGUGAGAGUAAAGUGAAUUAUCUCAUGCCUCGUGCUAACCGAACGUGUAAAGGCGAUGGAUUAAGUGCAGCUGUAUGGGAAGAUCCUGAAAUGGAAGAAUGUGGGCCUGAUGCUACAGCCGAAGAUAUGUUAGAACGUCUAAAUAUGAUGAACGUUACAAUGGAUAAUGUUGUGGAAGUUAGCAAUGAAGUAGUAGAAAUUACAAGUAAUGCAGAAGACAUCACAGUGGAAGCCUUGGAAUCUACUGCUGAAAUAUUGACAGAUAUUCUU